UCCCCGCCCUCUCACCCGCUGUCUGCAGGUUCUGAGAAGAUGGCGAAGGUUUCAGAGCUUUACGAUGUCACUUGGGAAGAAAUGCGAGAUAAAAUGAGAAAGUGGAGAGAAGAAAACUCACGAAACAGCGAGCAAAUUGUGGAAGUUGGAGAAGAAUUAAUUAAUGAAUAUGCUUCUAAGCUUGGAGAUGAUAUUUGGAUCAUAUAUGAACAGGUGAUGAUUGCAGCUCUAGACUAUGGUCGGGAUGACUUGGCAUUGUUUUGUCUUCAGGAGCUGAGAAGACAGUUCCCUGGCAGUCACAGAGUCAAGAGACUAACUGGCAUGAGAUUUGAAGCCAUGGAAAGAUAUGAUGAUGCUAUACAGCUAUAUGAUCGAAUUUUACAAGAAGAUCCAACUAACACUGCUGCAAGAAAGCGAAAGAUUGCCAUUCGAAAAGCCCAAGGGAAAAAUGUGGAGGCCAUUCGGGAACUGAAUGAGUAUCUGGAACAAUUUGUUGGAGACCAAGAAGCCUGGCAUGAACUUGCAGAACUUUAUAUCAAUGAACACGACUAUGCUAAAGCAGCCUUUUGUUUAGAGGAGCUUAUGAUGACUAAUCCACACAACCACUUAUACUGUCAGCAGUAUGCUGAAGUUAAAUAUACCCAAGGUGGACUUGAAAACCUCGAACUUUCAAGAAAGUAUUUUGCACAGGCAUUGAAACUGAACAACAGAAAUAUGAGAGCUUUGUUUGGGCUUUACAUGUCAGCAAGUCAUAUUGCUUCUAAUCCAAAAGCAAGUGCAAAAACAAAGAAGGACAACAUGAAAUAUGCUAGUUGGGCAGCUAGUCAGAUAAACAGAGCUUAUCAGUUUGCAGGUCGAAGUAAGAAGGAAACCAAAUACUCUCUUAAGGCAGUCGAAGACAUGUUGGAAACACUGCAGAUCACCCAGUCUUAAGAAACUGCACGCUUCUCAUUAUUGGAUUUGGGAAAAUGAGUAUCAUGGAGAAAUUGACAACCUGGAAGUCUUUAGGAAGAAAAUUGUUGUUAGUAUCAACUUUUUAAUCUUUUGAAUAAUUAUCCUAGUAAAUUAUUCUUUAUAUCUAAUUCUUUCAUUUUGCACUCUUCUCAUUUUAUUCUUUCAUGAGUAAUGAGAAGAUAUGAAAUAACUCUUCCCAUAUGAAGAUAAUUCUUAUCAACUAAUCUUUGUUAUUACAAGUUGCCCUUUUUUUUUUGAAGUAUGGUUGACAUACAGUAUAGUAGUUUCAGGUGUACAGUAUAGUAUUCAGCAAUUUAUAUUUUAUUCCCUUCGCAUGUUUAAUCCAAGAUGUACUUUUUGUCCCUGAAUUUAGUAACUACAUUUUCAACAUAAUCAACCAUUUCAUUUGUUUCCUAUAAAGAAAAUAGUGUUCAUGUAUUAUUCCACUACGUUUGUUUUUAUCCAAGAUGUACUUUUUGUCGAUGAAUUUAAUAACUACAUUUUCAACAUAAUCAACCAUUUCAUUUGUUUCCUAUAAAGAAAAUAGUGUUCAUGUAUUAUUCCACUAUGUUUGUUCCCUCUAAUCCACUUCCAUCAGUAACUAGAGUAGUGUUAACAAUUAUAUUUGUAUAAUAAGUAAUUUAGUGCGUCUUAUAACUGUUAGCCUUAGUUUCACUUCAGUUUUUCUAAUUGUAAUUUUUAUUUACUAAGUACAUUGUUAAUGUAUAAUAAUUUAUAAACUUCAGUUUAAAUGUACUGCUGAUUCCAUCGUGGCAGACAGUUGUCUAUCCAACUAAUUUUACCUCCAUUUCUUCCUUGUUAACAGUAUCCUAUUUUGUUCAGGUUCUUCAGGGAGAUUAGAACCUUAAGUCAGCACCAGGGGAUGGUUAUCAUGAUUGAUCUAAAGCAGAAGUGGUUUCAUUCCUUAUGAUAUGAUAUGCCAAGGCAGUACUUUUUGCAGUGAAGGAAAUAUUCUAUAUUUGUGCUUCCAGUAAGUGGCUAUUGAGUACUUGAAAUCUGGCCAGUAAAGCUGAGACAUUUAAUGAUUCAAUUUAAUUUAGAUAUCUGCAUGUAACUCAUGACCACCGUAUUGGGCAGUGCAGAUAUCUAAAGUGUGAGUAUGUUGACCUACUUAGUGCUAAUGAAAUGAACAGAAGUGUAUUGGGAAGGGCCUUCCUUUCAACUUAAAAAGUCAAAGCUCUGUUAGGUGAGGCUUUUUGCCUCAUUCUCAUCCUUAUGACCAUGAAUGCCAGCAACAUACCUAGAGAUACAACAGCUAUCUUACCACUGUGAUAAUAAUUACCACUGCAAAUAAUAAGAAUGAAAGCUACAUUUCAAAGGUGGUUCUGUAGAAAGAUUAGAGGGAGCCUGGGUCCCUGACAGCAUUGUUGAACACCUGAACCAACAUGAACAAUUAAUCGCCCACCUCUGCACUUAUUACAUGAGAAAAAUAAACUCUUGACUGUUUAAGCCAUUGUUUAGAUUUUCUGUUACUUUAGCCAAUAUGGUUCUGCUAAUUUAUCCACCAUUCAUUUUUUAUUUCUAACUGCAAAACCCUUCAGAUAAGCUACGAAUGGUAUUUCAGAAUGUAAUGAUAUAAAGUUAAGUAGAUAAUUACAUCUAACAAAAGAAGUAAUGUUUUGUUGCAAAUCAGCACCCAGUAUUUAAGCCAACAGAGGUGAGAAAAGGCAUUAAGACAACUUUAACCAUAAGAAUCAACUUGGGAGCAGAGGAGGAUGUGGAAAAGAUAGAAAUGGAAAACCAGUGUUUCAGUCUGCUGGAUACAUUUUUAUUGGUAAAUAUUUCAAGAAAUUUAUUCUUCUAAUGUCACUACUCAUAUAUCCUCAAAGUAACUUCAUUUUACUUUACUUCAUACUCUAGGAUUUCAGAAGUGACUUUACAGAUGAUUUAGUUGAAUUCCAUUUUAAGAUGAGGAACUGAAGGUUCUAAGAAAUUAAUCUCUCUGUGACAAAGCAGGGAAUAGGAUCAGAAUGUCAGGGAUUCUCAAGUCAGUGCUCUUUUUAGUAUAGUCUGAGACUAAGUCUGUUCUGUGAUACAUUGUUCCUACUUUAGAAUGACAAAAGUGAGAGCUAGAUAGAGCCAACAGACAUUGCUUGUUAGCAGAGCUGGAAUUAGAAUUCAGAUUUUCUGAUUUAUAAAACAAUUUUUUAAUGGAAUCAUAAAGGUGAGAUUUCAUUUUGAAUUAAAUUGAAUUUAAACUGUAUUACCCAUUUGAUAUGUGACUUUAUGAAUAGUCAGUGUGAGAACUAUUUAAAACUAUUUCAAACCUCUUUAACUUUGAACCUCUGAUGUAUCCUAUCUCCAUUCUCACUCUUGGCAAGUAACCUCUUGUUAUCAGUUUAAUUGUGUCCCCAUUAAAUACAUAUGUUGAAGUCCUAACCCUUGUUAAUUCUGAAUGUGACUGUAUUUGGAUAUAGAGUCUUUAAAGUGGUAAGGUAAAAUUAGGUCAUGUGGGUGAGCCCUAAUCCAAUAUGAUUGAUAAUUGUUAUAAGAAUAGAUCAGGACAUAGAUCAGAUACACAGAGGAAAGACCAUGAAAGGACAGAGAAGAUGCCCAUCUACCAGCCAAGGAGCAGUUCCUCAGAAGAAACCAACCAUGCUGAUACUUUGUUCUUGGACUUCGGGCUUUUAGAACUGUGAUGAAAUAAAUCUCUGUUGUUUAAGACA